AUGAUAGAGAAGAUAAAGUUUCAUCUGUUGGAUCAUGUGCCACCCAUCCAAGCAAUGGUCCACACAGGUUCCUACCAUAUAUUAAUUGCUUACUGUGGUGACAUGCACCUGUGGCUCUUUGGAGAUCACCGUCGAGAAUUCACAUCUCUCAGUAGAGUACUCUGUCGUUUCUCCAUCAGCUGCCUCUGCUACGACUCAGAAGCUGAGAUGCUGCUGUCUGGCACCUUGGGGGCUGUGGUUACCUGGUUUAUCUUGCCAAAUGGCAGGGGCCUCCAAAUGGCACAAACUAUGCCAAUGGCUGGAGGUAAGCUUAUGCAGGGCUUUUCCCUGCAUGGCCCCCAAGGCUCCCUCCUGGCUCUUUGUGAGAAUAAGGUGAUAUUCUUUACCCACCAGGGUCAGGGCCAGCUAGAAGAGGUAAAGAAAUUUACUCCCAUCACCAGUGGUUCCUCCAUCACCUGCUCCUUCACUUGUGUCUCUCAGGGAUAUUUCUAUGCUGGAAACAGGGAUGGAGAAAUCUAUGCUUGGGGUCUAGACCAAGGUAACUUCCUCCACAGCUUCCAGGCCCACUCCUCAUCAGUGAUAUGUAUCCAAAGCCGGCCAGAGACCCACACCUUACUAACAGCAGGCAGUGAAGGUGUAGUGAAAGAAUGGAACCUUGCCUUUGGGAACUUGCUGCGGCAGCUGGAUAUUGAUGAGGAUCUGCAGAAACUGCAGUUCAUUGAUAACACCUCUUUUUUCUGCCAGACUACCUACACUUUCUCAUUGUACCACCUGCCCUACUUUUAUAGCCUCUUCAAUAUCUGUGGUUCUGCUCCCCUGAAGGUGCAGCGGGUCUGCUGUGGCCAUAAUUGGAUUCGGAUCCUGUGUGUCACUAAGGAUGGUUUGUUGCGCUUCUUGUCACCAGUAACAGGAGAUCUCCUGGUUAUCACCUGGCCUCUGCUUAUCAUGGAUAAGGCUGUGGCUUGGGCCUAUGAUUCAGACAGAGAGGAGCUCUUUGUGACAACAGACAGUUCAGAGGUGCUGGUGUUUGAUGCAACACGCUCCCCUUGCACAGCCAUGUAUCUUGUGUGCACUUCAGUAAACCCUGGGGAUAGAGUAAGGUGCCUGGCUUAUGGGAAGUCCCAUUUGGGUAAGAGCCCGGUAGGGUUGAUGUUCUGUGAGCAUGAGAGUGGCAUUGUGAGAAUCCUCUCCCACUAUAGCUGUGCCCGAACAGAGAAGACUAUUCACUCUGGGGCAGUACUGGCAUUGUCUACCCUGGAAGGUCCCCAGAAGUACUCAUUGCUGUGUUCCUACGGCAUGGAUAAUAUUGUACACAUGACAGAAGCUGUGCUUCAGGAGAACAAGGUAAUCCUGAGACCGUCAGCAAAAUUCUCUGUAAUUGCCAAAAUUCUCUGUAGUUGCUUCCUAAAACACGUGAUACUCUUACCAGGUUCUGUGGGUGCCAUCACUGAGAACCACUGUUGGCGUCUCUGGCACUACGAAAAUUUUCUGACAUCUCAGAAUCAGAGCAAAGCUCUGUCUAACGAGACAAAAUGUCUGCACCAGUGUGCCAUCACUUCAUUUGAUGUCUGCCUUUCCCUGAAACUUUUUGUCACAGGGGACAUUGAUGGUUCAGUCCGGUUCUGGGACUUCCAUGGUAAACUCAUAACUGAGUUGGACUCAGCAUUACAUUUUGGCCUAGUCUGCUUUGCCAAUAAUCGGGGUGACCUGCUUUUGACUUUCAACCUGAGUCUUUACCUGGUAUCCUGCUUAAAAUUGCUCCCUCCAGCUCAGCUGAUUCACCUAGCUAUUGUAAACAAUGCAGAUGAAAUACUAGAAGGCCCUAAACCCUUCUUGCCUAGCUUCUUCUUUUCAUCUGAAAGCGUAUUUGUACCCAGAUUUGUCUACUGUGGUCAAGGGCUGCAGGAAUUACAGGGGCUAGAAGCCCUUGUCAACAAACAGGCCAUUGCCUUUGACAACACUGUGCCCCAUGUUGUAGAGGAAGAGCGACAUAAGUCCUCUGUGAUUCAAGAGGGAUCAAAAUUGCAUUUUUUGGAGGAUAAGGAUAUUAAUUUUUCUACUCUUAAUCCCAAGCAUGAUCGUCCUCUACACAGGGUUCCUGCUUGAUUGCGGCUGGCUGGCUGGAAUGGAUUGAAACCCUACCAUAUUUUACGGCGCUUCUUUGGUCGAGGGCGGCAAUGGCCCUUUCCUCCUGAUGGCUACAUCCCCAACUCAGUGAUCCGUGCCCGCCUUUGGCCUGAGGGCACCCCAAUCUUCCUACGCUAUGAUCUGCCCCCAUCCUACCAAGAUAAGGACUGGGACAUGACUGAACUCAGCAGACGCCAGGCACAGUCACCUAUGACUCCAGUAAAAGAGAAAAUCUCAGAGAGUAAACAGGGUUAUAAAUCCAAGCAGCAGAAACAAACUUUCUUUGAUGGUCUCAUGAACAUGAUCAACCAAAAUUGUACGGGAAGAAAAUUUGAUGAAGGACUUAUUAAUAUUUUAAUCGAGGCCAUCCUCAACCUCACAGUUUGCUGUUCUAUAGAGCAAUACAAGACAUAUAUUAGUGUUCUGGCAAAAAUUUUUGCCUUCUAUGAAGUAUCUUCAAGGUUGCACUCUGAGGCUGCCAGUCGCCUCCUAGAAGAUACAACUCAUUCCAAUCCACAGGUCCGUGAGAUAGCCUGGGAGGGGCUAGAGAGGCUGGGCCUCAUGAGCCAUCUCUUUGCUGUUCCACUGGCUAUGGGAUUGAUGGACAGUGAUGAAAAUGUGCGGGCUAAGGCCUUAUACCUUAUGAUGAGAGUCACAGGCAUCCAAACUAAGAGUAUGCUGGUAGGCCUGCUGAAGAGACAAGAAACUUUCCAGGAAAUGCAGCAAGACUUUAUUGGAGAAGCCUCUCCGGACCGGCUGCUGGGAAUUCAAGCUAAUGAUAUCCAGUACCUCCUUACUCAGGUGGAGCAGCGGCUAAAUGAGAAAGUGACCUUGUCACACAGAGACAAGCAAUUUCCCUUUUCUCUAGAUAUUGCAAGGGCUGGUGAACCUGCGGCCCCUGCUGAAAAGACACUCAAACCUUUGUCAGCACCUAUAAGGAUCACCAAACCGGAGGGAGGAAAGACACAUCUUGAAGCAAAGAGCAGAAAUUUUAUUAAAAGGGACCUGAGUGUUUCCAGGAAGCGGAGAGAGACAGAAUUGUUACAGUUUAGCCCUGUGCUAGUGACUUCAGAGGAUGAAGGUGAAGAAAGAGAAGCCAGGAAAUCAGGGCAAAUUGACAUCCAGGAUGUUGCCUUAGAACCAGAGCUGCCACCAGUCAUAUCCCAAGAGGAUGCUGAAUCAAAGGAGGUCAUGUUGGAGGCCAGAAAAGCCAGGGAAGCCUCAGAAGUCUUGGAGGUCACAGAGGCAGCAGAGGCCACAGGAUUUAUGAAGACCAUAGAUCAACAUAGCAUGAAAGAUUAUGGAGAAGUGAUCCCUAAGCUGGAAAGACAAGAACAUUUGAAAAGGCAUUGGGAAAAAGCAUUGAAAAAAAGCCAUGAAAAAGCAGAUGCAAAGUUGAAAGAGAUUAAAAAAAUGAAGGAUAUUCCAGAGAAAUCUGCAGAAGAGCCCAUGAAAGAAGUCAUACAGGUUACCAAGCAAGAGGAAGAUGCAACGAAGAAACGUGUAAAGAGUGGUCGUGGUUUGUCUGGGAUUUCUGGAUGCACAACUAGAUCAGACAUCAGAUCAUGGCAGGAUGACAUUUGCAAUCUUGUCACCUCAAGAAUAGCAAGUUCCAAUCCAGGAAUGUUAAGGCAUCUGGGUCAAGAAUUGGUGGACUUGGCUCAGGCAAUGCUUGCUCCUGAAGAGCCCAGCUGGGAUCUUUUCCAAGAGAUCUGUCCUCUAUUAAAGGACUCAGCAGAACUGGGUGACAGAUUGAUGGAAGAAACACCUGUUAUAACAGAAAAAGUGGAUAAGGAGGUUGUCAAAGAAGAAGAAACAAAAUUAACCAAGGAAGAGCAGAAGUUAGUCCUAGGAGAAAAGAGGAGGACUGGAAAAAAGGAGAAACUCCCGGGGAAAAGAAAGAGGGUGAACUGGAAAGAGGGGAAGGCAACCCCAGAAAUGAGGAGGUUGGGCUGGGAGAAGGCUAUGCUGGCCCACAAAGAAGGCACGUGGGCCCAGGAAGAGGGGUUCUUGGAAGAGAAGUUGUCCCAUGAAGAGGAGGAGCUGAGCGAGGAAAAGGAGGAGCUGGGCGAGGAAGCGGAGGAGCUGAGUGAGAAAGAGGAGCUGCUGAGUGAGGAAGAGGAGCUGCUGAGUGAAGAAGGGGAGGAGCUGGAUGAGGAAGAAAAAGAGCUGAAGAAGGAAAUUAUGGAAGAAGAAGGUGAACUGCCUGAGGAAGAAAGGAAGUUGGCCUAUGACAUUAGGAGCAAGGGGACGAGUAUUGCCAGGGAUGAAAAGAAGAGAAUCGAAGUGGAGAGGAUACAGACGACAAGGAAACUGGAUAUGGGGACGGGGAUUAGUUCUGAAGGAAAAGAGGCUAGUUCCAGGGGAAAAUAUAUAAGGAAGAAAGAGAGUCAACUGUUGAGGAUCCUGACAAAAAUAACUAGAGAAACUAAUACAGAGCCAUUGAAAGAAAUAGGAAUAUCUGAGGAAGAGCAGUCAUUCAUUACGGGAAAGAGUGGAAUUGAUGGCCAGAGGUGGGAAUUUUUUAAGGAACAGGAGGAAAUAACCAAAGAAGAGAAGGAGCAGUUUCAGGAAGAAAGAAAACUAGAAGAUGAUAGACUGGCUGCCAAAGAGAGAACACUGACGGAUGAAGAGAGCUUGGAGGACGGCCAAAGAUUCUUAGAGAAGGUCCAGGAAAACAUAUUAUUAGAUAAAAUCCAGGUAGACAGCAUGUUGAAGGAGAUUCAGCAGCAAAAUCUGUUAGGAAAAAAGCAGCUGAAGAAGCUUCUGAAGAGAAUUGAGGAGAAUAAACCAGAAAAGAGCCAGAAGAAAAAGAAAGUAAGCCUGAGUGAAGAGGAAUUGGAGGAGAACUUGGCUAUGAAGCAUAAGAAAAAGAGUUCAAAGAAGGAAAAGAGACUGACUCCGGAGGAAGAGAAGCUGAGUAAGAAGAAAAAAGAGGGCCUACAUGAAGAAGGGAAGGAGCCCCUCAGCAAGGAGGAAGGGGGGCACCUGAACAUGCAGGACAAGGAGGAGACUCUGACCCCUGCCCCAGCCCUUACCUCUAUGCCAGCUAAAAGGCCAUACCACUCAGAAGAAAGAUUCUCAGAUGAGGACUGGAUUAGUAAUGCCUUAAUAAGGCUGGAAGCAGGAGAACAACUUUCAAGGGAGAGUUUCCAUAGACACCAACUCCUCAGACACUUCUCUUCAAAGGGAUAUUUGAAAUGCCUGCAUCUGUCCAGUCUUAAAGCCAUUGCUAAACACCUCCAGCAGAACACACAGAUAGGUCCCCUAGAUAUAUCACAACCCUAUAAAGAUGUUUUGAGUCCAGUACACUUAAAAGUGAUCCCUCCAAUUGGAAGAAAAGAAAUGGAGAGCUGUCUGGAGCCAUUCUCUAUUCCUGAACCAAAAUCCCUACCUAUCCGUACACCAGUGUUACCAUCACCUACCAACAGGAUUCAAGACCCAAAGGCUAUAAAUUGGCAUCUUUUAGGAGAACCUUACAGGCAUGCAUGGGCACAGCAGUUAUCCAGUGUUCUCAAAGAGAUGGAAAUGCAGUAUUUUUAUCCUGCCACAAGAGACAUUUUCACAGGUGCCCAUAAUUCUGUGGAAAAACAAACUCUAGCACUGAUGUUUCAGAAGGAUCUCAGGGCUUUUAAGGGUAAAGGCAGGGCCCUCAAGUUGCCCCAACUGGACAAAAAGGCACAGCCCAUCUCUAAAGAAAAGGAAGCGGUGCCUCGAUGGGAGACGUUUGUGGCACUGUACCAUGUUUUGCGGAUGUUGCAGCAGCGAUAGGCAAGAGACACUGCCGCUCAGAUGGAACAGUUCUAUCGCCUCAUGGACGUGUACCAACUUAAGUCCCCCCGAAUCCAGAAGCUGCUGCUAGAGUUACUGCAGAGAAAGAAACUCCAAUCUCAAGAGACCAUCUACAAAAAGGCCCUGAAAACUGAGGAGCUGGUACUUGGUGAACGGUUAUUCUAUGGCCUGUUUUGUGGUAGUUCUCAUGCCCCUGCAGGUCCCCUUGAGUUCCAGGGAGUUGUACCCUUGCCUGGGCAGAACAGGGUGCAUACUAUCCAACCUGUGGGUAUUGCCCACUAUGGGUUCCUAGAACGUGCCUGGAAAGGCCUACCACAAGUCAAUCCUUACCGUACCGAGAAGCUGCCCAACAUCCCUACUCCUACUCUCUGAUAUGGCCUAAUAUUAGCACCUUGAGAUCUUAUUGGAAAGUAUGCCUGGGCCACAGAUUUUAAGC